CGACCGGCGAGGCCGCGCGGGAGCUUGCAGGAAGGCGACCGCCGGGGCACCGAGAGUGGGUGAGGCUGCCCGGCCCCUCCAACCUAAUCCAGGCCCAGACACCACCAAAGCCACUUUGCCCUUCGCCUCUCCCCUGGAGAUAGGGAAGAGCCUCACUCAAGGAUGCCAUCUCAAGUCAGCACUCGGAGGUGGGACUCCAAGGUUCCCAUGGGCAUCAAGGACCUGCCAGUGUGAGACUGUCCUCAACACAAGGCCAUCACCGAGGGGCUACCUGCCUCUAGACUGCCAGUCCACAGCAUGCAGGAAACCCUAGCAACAUCGACACUGUCGGUCCCCAGCCGAUCGUCAGUCUCCACACAGGACAAGUUCUCCACUGCAGGCCAAACUUUGAGCACAGGCCCCCGGCCCCCAAGGCACUCAAUCGUCCCACCCCCCAGCAAGUCCAAGGGCUGGAAUUCCCGGACCAAAUUCCAUCAGAUGCGCAGGACCAUCACUGAGGACACUGAGUGGUCUCUGGCCAUUGUGCCCCUCCUCACAGAGCUCUGCAUUCAGCACAUCGUCAAGAACUUCCAGAACAACCCUCUCCUGAAGCAGCUGCUUCCCCAGCACCAGCAGAAGGUGCUGAACCUCUUGUCACCCGACCUGCCGCUGGCCGUGACUGCCAACCUGAUCGACGACGAGAACUACUGGCGCCGCUGCUGCACGCAGCGCUGGCCCGUAUGCCACGUGGCCAAGCAUGGGGGCAGCUGGAAGCGCCUGUUCUUCGAGCGGCACCUGGAGAAUCUGAUAAAGCACUUCAUCCCGGGCACCACGGACCCUGCUGUCAUCCUCGACCUGCUGCCGCUCUGCAGGAACUACGUGCGACGGCUGCACGUGGAUCAGUUCCUUCCGCCUGUGCAGCUGCCGCCGCCACACGGGGAGCUGUCCGACUCUGGCAGCGACGUAGAGCUCGAGGAGCCCACCACGGACCACUACCAACUGGGAGACCUGGUGGCAGGCCUGAGCCAUCUGGAGGAGCUAGACCUGGUGUACGGGGUCAAGGACUGUGGCAUGAACUUUGAGUGGAACCUCUUCCUUUUCACCUAUCGGGACUGCCACUCCCUGGCGGCCACCAUCAAGGCAUGCCACACCCUCAAGAUCUUCAGGCUGACCCGAAGCAAGGUGGACGACGACAAGGCACGCAUUCUAAUUCGCAGCCUCCUGGAUCACCCAGCCCUUGAGGAGCUGGACCUGUCGCACAACCUCAUCGGGGACCGGGGCGCGCGCGCCGCGGCCAAGCUGCUAAGCCACAGCCACCUGCGCGUGCUCGACCUGGCCAACAACCAGGUGCGUGCGCCUGGCGCCCAGUCUCUGGCUCACGCCCUAGCGCACAACACCAACCUCACUUCCCUCAACCUGCGCCUCAACUGCAUUGAGGACGAGGGUGGCCAGGCGCUUGCCCACGCCUUACAGACCAACAAGUGCCUCACAACACUGCACCUGGGCGGCAAUGAACUGUCCGAGCCCACCGCCACGCUCCUGUCCCAGGUGCUCACAGUCAACACCACGCUCACCAGCAUCAACCUGUCCUGCAACCACAUUGGGCUGGACGGCGGGAAGCAGCUCCUGGAAGGCAUGUCGGACAACAAAACCCUCCUGGAGUUUGACCUGCGCCUGUCAGAUGUAGCCCAGGAGAGCGAGUACCUCAUCGGCCAGGCCCUCUGUGCCAACCGGGAAGCCGCCCACCAGCGGGCCUUGAAUCCCAGCCACUUCAUGUCACCAGUCAUGGCCAAGGGCCCUGAGAACCCUGCAGGAUAGAGUGGGGGACAGGGCUGGGGCAGUGACAGGACCUGGGUCACUGCCCUAGCCCCAUCCCUCAUUUCAUACUCGGUCAUGCCUGCUGUAGAGUGUCACGCUGGUCUAGAGGGAGGAGGAAGGGGGAGACCACGGAUAUUCUUGGGGUGAGUGAUCAAGGGUGAUGGAGGUAAAGAUGUGAAGAGGAGGGGACUGGGAUGGGGGGAGAGAAUGGGUAUGAAGUGGGGUCCAUUCCCUGUUCCUGGAAGUGUAUAUUACUAGACCCCCUGAAAUGAC